CCUCAUAAGCAGCAGCAUAGAAAAAUUUCUAAGCAUACAAAUAUUUUUAUAAAUAAAUUUCCGAAAAUGUCUGCAAAGAGCACAGCUGCGAAAAUGAUGAUGAAGCCCUUGAUGCAGGGCUACAGUACGGCGGCAAAGCAGCGCACAGCGAUCUUCGAUGUGGAGACGCUCAAGGAUUUUGAGAGCAAAGUGAAGCGCAGCGACAAGCCCGUUGUGGUGGAUUUUCAUGCAACUUGGUGUGUGCCCUGCAAGGCGUUGGAGCCACGUCUGAAGAACAUUGUGUCGGAGCAGGCGGGCAAGGUGCAUUUGGCACGUGUCGAUAUUGAUGAGCUGACGGAACUGGCUUUGGACUAUGAUGUGGGUUCGGUGCCCUCGCUGCUGGUUAUGCAUAAUGGGAAGGUGCUGAAUCGCAUGGUGGGACUGCAGACAACCGAGUGCAUACGCGAUUGGCUCAACAGGGUCGUAAAGAAAUCGCAGACAAAGACUCGUUAGUCCAAUUCAGUGUGAGAAGCGUGCAUUUUGUAAGACUGACUAGAAAGUUUCUUGGGAAAAUAAAUGAAACGAAAAGUAUGUAGCUCGAUAUGCUCGGCAGCAUCAAAUGACAAACACG